AUGAGCGAGCGACUUCGCGCUACUUUCGCACUCUCCAUCCUUCGCGGUCGUGUGCGUAUACGCGCGAAGCGAUCACGCCCGGAUAAUUUACAUCCUGGACUCUGCGAGUGCGAGCCGUUUCCGCGAGGGACCUCCGUGACCCCAAACAUCUUGAAAUGGUACGCGUGCGGUCCCACAGUGUACGACAAAGCGCACCUGGGGCACGCUAGAGCCUACGUAAGUCAGGACAUUCUCCGGCGAGUAGCAGAACGCACGGGCGGCUACAAUGUGCAGCUCGUCAUGGGUGUGACGGACGUAGACGACAAGAUCAUCAAACGUGCAAAGGAGCAGAACGUGAGCUUCCACACACUGGCAUGGGAACAAGAGCAGCAGUUCUUCGCCGACAUGGCCAGGCUCUACGUCAAGCCCCCCACUGCAAUCACUCGAGUCAGUGAACAUCUCCCAGAGAUCGUAAAGUACAUUGAAGAGAUCCAACACAAAGGCUUUGCGUAUCAAGCAGUAGACGGCUCGGGGGUGUAUUUUAACACUCGGCAAUUAGGAGACAAAUACGGGAAGUUAGAUCCUCGACGACAGACACAACGAGACGAGCAAUUACAAACGGAAGCCGAGGCAGCAGUCGAGGAGAGCGACGUGGCGGAAGAGGAGGAGAAAGUCAAGAGAGACCCGAGAGACUUUGCACUGUGGAAGGCAGCGAAGGAGCCUGACGAACCGGCGUGGCCCUCUCCGUGGGGUCUGGGGAGACCUGGAUGGCACAUCGAGUGCUCCGCCAUGACGCACCACGUUCUAGGAGACAGGCUGGACGUGCACACGGGAGGCGUGGACCUCCGCUUCCCUCAUCAUAACAACGAGAUCGCACAGUGUGAAGCACACAACCACGGGCCUCAGUGUGGCCAUGACGAAAAAUGGUGCAAUCAUUUCGUGCACUUUGGCCACUUGUAUAUCCGCGGUCGGAAGAUGUCCAAGUCGCUGAAAAACUUCAUCUCGGUGCGAGAUUUCCUGGCCGAGGGACACACAGCGGACCAUUUCCGCCUCUUCUGUCUGCAGUUCAAAUACCGCGCGAGCUUGGUGUACUCCGAGGACCGUGUGCGUGAUGCGGAAGCCACGGCGGGACGUCUCCGAGGGUUUUUCCGCAGUGUCGUGGCCUAUGGCAGUGGCCACGAUAUGUCCAGUAGCAGUCAUACAGAGACGCUGGAAACCAAGUCAAAGCGCUGCGAACAAGUGGAUUUGGAGCUGCUGGACGCGCUGUUUGAGACUCGCGCGCUGGUUGACGCGGCUCUUCUGGACGAUCUCGAUACCCCACGCGCGCUGUCUCUCGUCUUGGAGCUCGUAUCUCGUGGAAACGCCUACUUGCUGGCCCAACGAGGCGACUUGGGAGCUCCCGACGAGGUGCUGAUCUCACUGACAGGCUACGUACUGGAGGUAUUGGAGCUCUUUGGACUGGAAGGACUUCACUCUGAGUUCUCAGCGAUGCUGCGUCGUCGGUUUACAGCCUUUGGGCACCCAGAAACACAGCGCGAGCUGGAUGGCAGGCAUGAACUGGUGAGUAGAGACGACCAAGAGGCGUUGAUCCGCUCGUUGCUACAGUUCCGAGCGUCAGUGCGAGAGGAAGCGCUGCGAGACCCCAAGCAGCCAGGAAACGCUCGUGUACUCGCCUUGUGUGACGCCUUACGGAACGAGGAACUGCCUCAGCUGGGUAUCCAGAUCGAGGACCUUGCACCUGGACGCUCCGUCUUCAAGUUGCUCUCGCGUGCAGAGCGUGAGGCAGAGACGGAAGACAAGGCGACGACAGCAGAUAAUAAGACUCACGCGCUGAAGCAGAAGCAGCAGGAGUUCGAGGCUCUCAUGCAGAUCUCUCCCUCCCAGUUCUUCCAGAAGGCGCCAGAGUUUGCGGAUCGAUUCGACACGUUCGAUGCCGACGGAUUCCCCUCACAUGAGGACGGUGCACCUCUCAGCAAGAGCCAAAGCAAGAAACUGGCCAAAAAACUUGCCAAACACGAGAAAUCGUACGCCAAGUUUUGGGAAUCUAGAAGACAAUAA